AUGUUGUAUUUGUCUUUUGUGCCCGUGCUGGCGCUCUUGUUGUCUGGAGUGACCGCCGAGUACACAUCCACUGCCUCAACUUGUAGUGCCUUAGCCGAAAAGCUUCCAGAGCUAGUAUUCUUUCCGGACAGCAACACUUACAAUGCAUCCAUCGCCUCGUACCCAUGGCGACAAACCCAGCUCCAUCCCAACUGCGUCGUUCAGCCAAUCACAGCCACGGAUGUCGCAGCUGCUGUUACCGUCCUUCGCGAGGACGGGGCCAAGUUCGCCUUGAGGGGAGGAGGACACAGCAUUAACGUGGGCUUCAACAACAUUCAAAACGGUGUCACAAUUAGCCUUGAAAGGAUGAACAAGGUCGAGUUGGAGGGAGAUGUUGCCCAGGUUGGCGCAGGGACCACGGGCCAGCAGCUGUACGAACAAUUGGAACUGUACGGCAUGUCUGCAUUGGGACCAAGGCUUGGGGGAGUAGGAGUGGCAGGUUUCACUACCGGAGGGGCUAUCUCGUUCUCCGGUCCCGAGCGAGGAUGGGCAGCUGAUUCAAUUCUCAACGUUGAAAUCGUCCUAGCCGACUCAUCAAUUAUCAACGCAAACUCCACUUCUCAUGCUGACCUGCUCGCUGCUGUCAAGGGUGGCCAGUCUAAUUUUGGAAUCAUCACACGCUUCGACCUGCAGGCUUUCCCAGCCCGUCCGGUUUGGGGAGGUCUCAUCAACUAUGAAGCUGAACAGGACAAGUCUCUCAUCACGGCUUUCAGCGAGUUUAAGAAACCCGAGAACUACGAUCCAUACGCAGCCGGAUGGAUUUCGUACCAGUACAAUGGCACCAACGGCAAGCUCAUUCCUGGGUCAUCGAUGUGGUACAGCAGAGCCGACGAAGCUCCGGGAGCUCUGGGCCGCAUCACUAAUAUCGGACCUCACUCUUUGGACCUUACACAGGUGGCACUGCCAUCUGCACACUCCAAAGCGGCGAAUGACGGGUUUAAGUCAGGUGGCCUCUACCGUACAAUCUGGACGACGCUGUCCUUCCACAUUUCGCCCACAAUCCUACACCGCAUCUACGAUCAUUGGCUCACCAACAUACCUGCCGUGACCGAGGCCAAUUCCAUCGGAACGGAUCAUCCCUUUUCGGAGCUGUACAUUCAGUCAGGCAUGCCGCGUCCAUGCGAGUCCACCAACUCAUCCGCACUUCCCAAUGGCCUCGGCUGGCCUCCAGUACCUUCAUCGAACGCUGGUCAUCCCUGGAAAGACGUCGUAGUCUUCCAGCUGUGCCUGAGCUGGCAGGAUGAGCGUGCCACAAAUGGGCUCGAGGACGCAGCCAAGAAGAUGAUUGCUGAGUUUGAAGGUAUGAUCCGGGACGAGGGAUUGGAGACUGAAUGGUUUUAUAUGAACUAUGCGGCAGACUGGCAGGAUGUCAUCGGCGGAUAUGGGGCCGAGACGAAGGAGAUGCUGCAGAAUGUUGCGAAGGAGUAUGAUCCUGAAGGCCUUUGGCAAACGCAGCUGGAGGGCGGUUUCAAGGUCUUCUAA